AUGAAAAAACUUGACACUUUCUUAUAUUCUCACGACUACUACAAAGUUCUGGAGGUUGACUAUGACGCAUCUGAUGACACCAUCAAAUUGAGUUAUAGAAGAUUAGCUUUGAUGUGGCAUCCGGACAAGCAUAAGGGCGAUAACGAUGUCACAGCUAAAUUUCAGGAGAUUAAUGAGGCAUACAAGGUUUUAAGUGACCCAGCUAAGCGACUAGAAUACGUUGUUUCCGGUUGUUAUGAGAUCGAUCAAUAUACUUUGCGUGAGUACCUUGCAAAAUUUAAGGGUAUGAUACUUACCUGUAAUGGCCUUGGCAUAGAUCAUCCUUCUAGUAAAUGGGCCCGACAUUUGAAGGAACUGAAGCCCCAUUGA